UUUGUCACGAUGCCAUGAGGGGAACAUUCCAGACCACAAAUUUCACUAGCCAAUAUAUUUUUUCUUUUGGUGUUCAAUUAUUCAGAAACUAAAAUUUCAUUGGAGAACACCAUGGAUUUCAAUUAUUGCUAUUAUAAUUUUUGUUCUAUCUUCUUAGCUUCUAGGUAAUUUCUAUCCAUUUGCAUGUGUUUCUUAUGCCCAACUCUUUUUGUACACAUUUGAGUCAGUAUUUUAGUUUGCUCCGCCUGAGAAUCCCAAGGAUUCCCCUUGUUUUUGUAUAGCACUUAUACGUAGUACGAGGGAAUAUUAGAUGGACUAUUACAUUAGUGUUUAGAAAAGAAUCAAACUUUAUUGUAAGAUUAUCCUGACCAACCAGAGUUUUUUUUAUAAAUUGGGAUCUUGGGGUGACUGGAGAUUGGAUGUAAUUAAGUAGUUGCAGAGUGUGAAAAAAAUGGAGCUCAAUCUUUCUGGUGCUAACUCAUUGUCUGUGUCCAAGGUUGCUGGAACAGAGAAGUUAUCGAGCUUGUUUAUGAACUCAGCCCUCAUUUUCAGCUGCAAAGGUGCUAAUUAUACUCAAUCCUUGUCUUGUAGAGGUAUGUUUUUCUCAAAGAUUGAUGAGGGAUUUUCUGGGUUUUCUUUUUUUGGCUUCAAGAAAUGGGAGAUUUUUGGUAACUAGCUAGUUUCAGUCAUCAUUGAUUUUCUCCUCUGCUCUUUCACAACCCUGCAUUUUCCAUCAAUUGAAUGUUCUUGGACUUUGUUCAAUCUAGUCUAUUGUGUGCGUAUCACUAUCAUUAUAACUGAUUCAUUUCAAGUUUUCUGUGAAAAAAAUCAAUGAUAAUGUUCCUAUUCCGCAAUCUUGUUGUGAAGAGGGAAGGAGAAAGUGUGAGUCUGUUUUUAUGUUUCCAAUGAAACAGCUGUGUUAACAUUGUUUUAGUCCUUGUUAUGCAACAAUGUCAUCAAUAGAGCUGCUGACAGAGGUUCUGGUUUUCAUGUGUAAAUGAACAUUUCUUCUUUAGGCGUGAAUCUGUCUCAAUUGCGCCGAUUUUGAUUGCUGGUGUUCGUGAUUUCAGGUACAUAUACAAAGGCUUCUUAUUCAAGUAUUUGGCAGAAUACGAUUAGAUCAGCCAGUGGUGAAGAAGUUUUAUUUCAGUCGUACAGAGUCAAUGGUACUAAUGGUUCAAGCAUGUAUGUUGAGAGUGCCAGAGUUCUUGAUGCAUAUGAUGAUGAGUACAAUGGAGUCAUUGUUCAUCCAGAAAGCCUGCCUUCUAACCCCACUGCUUUUGCCUCCAUGCUUCGUUUAUCAAUCACACAUUGGAAAAGGAAGGGCAAAAAGGGGGUAUGGCUGAAGCUUCCAAUAGAAAAAUCUGACCUUGUUCCUAUAGCAGUGAAGGAAGGAUUUCAGUACCACCAUGCUGAAAAAGAUUAUGUGAUGAUGACAUAUUGGAUUCCUGAAGAACCCUGCUUACUCCCACCUAAUGCUUCUCAUCAAGUUGGUAUUGGGGGAUUUGUGAUAAAUGACAGAGAUGAGGUGCUUGUGGUACAGGAAAAGUAUUGUGCGGCAGGACUAGAAGGACUCUGGAAAAUACCUACCGGUUUCAUUCUUGCGUCAGAGGAGAUAUUCACUGGCGCAGUACGAGAAGUGAAGGAAGAAACUGGAGUUGAAACUGAAUUUGUGGAAGUUAUAGCUUUCAGGCAUGCUCACAAUGUGGCUUUUGAGAAGUCAGAUUUGUUCUUCGUCUGUAUGCUACAUCCCCUUUCAACACAAAUUAAGCUUGAUGAUCAUGAAAUUCAUGCAGCCAAGUGGAUGCCCUUGGUCGAGUUUGUUGGGCAGCCCUUAAUCCAGCAAGACACAAUGUUCAAGAAAAUCAUUGACAUAUGCAUUGCUAGGCUCGGAAAGACUUACUGUGGAUUAGCAGUUCAUCAAUUGGCAUCCAAGUUUGAUGGCAGACUUUCCUCUUUAUACUUCAACACUGUUGAGGACAAAAACUCAACCUGUCAGGCCAGUUGAGUUUCGCAUACAACAGGAUUCAAAUCGAGUACUAUUUUAACUCCGAUAACGUGUGGUUGACUUGAAUGGUAAAUGCUUCAUUUGCUGCAAUCUCCACCAUUUUCAUGGCAUUAGAGAGUUUUUGCAGCUUCCACUGUAAGGAGGGGUUGGCCUAAUCAUUGUUGAACAGCCUCCUCUGUUGUAUAUAUCUUGAAAUGCACUAUGUAACAGUUGUAUAUAUCUGAUCGUCUUCAUCGCCUAAUCUGUUUGCUGUUUGAUAGAGAGAAACUUUGCUUGCAGAAUCUUGUGUUGCAAUGAAUAGGAAGCUGCUUUAGUCAAAGGGAAGAAAGGAAAAACUAUCACUAUUAUCAGUUGCCUUAAUUGGUGAAUACGAUUGUAAAGCCACAGCAAAAGAGGACUUUUUCAAAAAAAAAUAUUCAAGCUAAAAAUUGCCUUGAAAUGAUUCCAGUUGGGGAUGAACACAAUUGACCUUGCUAAAACAGUAAAACUAUCUAAAUAUUUUG